GCAUCUCGUCCUAGUCUCGUUACCGCCGUUACUCGAUCCUUUCGACUUCAAACCUAAGCACCGAAAGAAAAUGUCUUCCAACACUGUUCUGAGGGAGUACAAAGCCAAGGGCAUGCCCUUCCGUCGACUGGGACCCAGUGGACUCCGGGUGCCUCUGUUCUCUUUGGGAGGGUGGCUGACUAUUGGAGGCACUGUCGUUGGAGAUCCCGUCAAGGAAAUCUUCAAAGUCGCAUUCGAGAAUGGUAUCAACAUGUUCGACACGGCUGAGGUAUACGCGGGUGGAAAGUCCGAAGAAGAGAUGGGGCGCGUCAUUAAAGAGCUAGGACUCCGUCGAACAGACCUUAUCAUCAGCACCAAGAUCUUCUGGGGACCGCGCCAAGGACCUAACGACAGCGGUCUCUCUCGCAAACACAUCAUCGAAGGAACCAAAGAAUGUCUCGCACGUCUGCAAAUGGACUACGUCGAUAUCAUCUUUGCUCACAGACCCGAUCCCACCGUCCCCAUGGAAGAAAUCGUCCGAGGCUUCAACUACGUCAUCGAGAAAGGUUGGGCUUUCUACUGGGGUACUUCCGAGUGGAGCGCGAGGGACAUCGAAGAGGCUCAUCAUGUUGCGACCAAGUUGGGCUUGAUUGGUCCUAUCGCUGAGCAAUGUCAGCAUAACAUGUUCCACCGUGAACGACCUGAGAAGGAAUACGAUCCUAUCUACAGGAACUACGGUACCGGAACGACCGUCUUCUCCGCCCUGGCCCAAGGGCUGCUCACCGGGAAGUACAACGAAGGCAUCCCCGAAAACUCGCGUUUCGCCACACACGGAUUCCUGAGCAAGACCGUCAAAGAAUUGCAAACUCCCCAAGGGCAAGAAAAGAUUCGCAAAGUCCGCGAGUUGACUAAACUCGCUAAAGAGGAACUGAACACGACACCAACUGCACUGGCUCUCGCCUGGGUCGCCCGCAACCCCAACACCGCCACUGUCAUCCUUGGUGCCUCGAGCCCUCAGCAAGUGUUGGAUAACCUCGAAGCACUCAAGGUUUACCCCAAGUUGACGCCCGAGAUUAUGGAGAAGAUCGAGAAGAUUUUGGGGAACAAGCCUCAACCCGAGAAGGUCAUGGGUAGGCCUCCCCUCGACAAGUUCCACGCCAAGUUGUAA